AGUUCGUAUACAGCUUCCAGCGCUGCCUUAGUUCCUGAAGAUGCCGAAGAAAAUGUGUUCAACGACGUUCCUUUCUCGCUGAGGAACGACUUGUAUUCUUCCUCCUUCGAUGGCACCCACGUCUACGAGAACCGAGGCUCCUUGGGUGGCGCCGUAGCCAGGAAGCCAUUUGCCUCGGAGCAGAGGAUGUUUGAUCAAGUGCGGCAGGAAGUUAUUGGCUACCUGGAGGGACGCGGGCGACGGGCACUUUCUCGGAAGGACUGCAAUGAUAUUCGGUACCGGAUGGUGGCAGCGGCAGGGAUGGAGCUGGAGUUAAUAUGCAGCAGCGCCUCUCCGUCUGGGGCUGAGAGGGUCGUCGUGCAGGUUCCUUUCCGUGGCAGCCGCGUCGUCUUCCACUCACACAUUGACGAGGCUCAGGCAAUCGGCAUCAUCGUACCACUCCAGGGUCGCGCUGAAGCCCUUGAGAGGUUCCUGGAUAACCUCCUUCAAGUGACGCGUAGGGAUAGCCUCCAGGUUAUCCUCACCGUCAUUUACUUUGAUGACCACAACACAAAAGCAAUCGAAGCAACCCUUGAGGCCGCCCGUCGCAGUGACUACUUGCAAACGCAGCUCAUCCUCCUCAGUGGUGAGUUCUCGAGGUCCAGAGCGCUGAAGAUCGGCGUCGAGGAAGCUAAAGGCAGCGCUGAGGUCGUCUUCCUGUGUGACGUAGAUGUCUUAAUCACGCGGGACUUCUUGAUUCGGUGCCUCGCUUCACCUGUCCAGGGUCGUCAGGUGUUCUUCCCGGUGUUCUUCUCGCAACACAAUCCGAACCUAACGUACCCGGUGAGGGGGAAAAAAGUGCCGUCUGUCCCCAGCCUAAAGCCCGCCGACCACCAUGGCUACUGGAGACUCUGGAGCUUUGGAAUGGUGUGUUUGUACAAGUCGGACUUCCUCAAAAUCGAUGGUUUCGACACACGGACACUCGGCUGGGGUGGCGAGGACCUGCGUUUCGCUAGGCGGGUUCUCGCGUUGAACUACAGCAUCACAAGAUCCCUGGAUCACGGCCUCUUUCACCUCUAUCACAACAAAGACUGCAGCCAGGCGGGGAGAGGCCAGCGAGCAUCGUGUCAGCUGGUGCAAGCACUUAGCGAGGCAUCCGGGCAGACCUUUGGACUCUGGUAUUUCAAGCACAAGCACAAUGCGUCCAUCUGGGGCGUGCUUAGAGACGAGGAAAUGCAGACGGAGGCCGUAAAAGCCGCGCAGGGAAAGGAAAAAGAGGAGAAAGAGCCGACAGAAGAGUCAGAAGAAAACGAGGAAAGGGCUUCAGUUGGAAUACUGGAAGACACGUUCGCUCUCCAGGUGACUCUUCUGGUAAUGAUCGUCGUCAAUAUCGUGUUGUGUGCCAAUGCGGUGCUCACCCGUGCCUGUUGGUGCAGCUGUGCAAGGCAGCCACAACCUUACAUUAGUUGAUUGUGGGGCUUAUCGCGCGUCCUCCACCUCAGCACCUUAUCGCAAUGAAAUUCGUGAGAACAGACUUAUGUUAGAUAAUAUCUGUCUUGUUAUAUUCUCCACUCUGUUUCCACACAAUGCUUCACUGACGUUAUCAUUUGUGUUUUUAAUAGAAAGUUUACUCUGCAAUAGGUUUGUUAUUGAUUUCAUGACUUUAUUUAUUAAGUUUAUUGUGUUGAUGAAGUUAUCUGAUUCAUUUGGUAACAUAGAGAUUACUUAAAAAUUCUAGUACUCACCAAUUCCACUUCCUUCAUUGCUUAAGUUUCAUCCUGCAGGCCAUGCAUUGAAGCAGUAAAUGGCCAUUUACAGGUAAUAUUAAGAAACAAUAAAUCAUCUUCAGAUAUUUGAAAAUGGUUUUGAAGGUUUCAGUGGAAGUUUUAUUGUAGAAAUUGUAACGUUUUAACUACGAAAAUACUGCCCAAAAACAUGUAACACAUUUAUAUUUGUUCGUUAAUUGCAAGUAGUGGGUCAAUUCAGAGAUGUCAUUGGCUUACUUGGGAUUAUUAAUAAUGCACAUAAUUUUCCAUAAAUAUAAAACAAGAACCCUGUGUUAGCCGUGAAGAGCCUCUUGGCAAGGUGUCGCUUGCCUAUUCAUCACGGCAGGACAGCAGGAAAUGGUAGAGCGUUAGGAAGACAAAGGAGGAGCAGCUGAGGUCUGACUCCUACACUCACGCCACAUGGCCCAGACGGUGAGAAUAACGGGGAACAUCUAUCACACCGGUGACAGAGAUACGAUUUAUUUCAUUGGUAGCCGCGUUGCGAUCUGUUACAUUAGUGGACGCGGAGGACGGCUACUCUAUUGGUGACAGCAGAGAUAAUCCGCUAUAUUGGUGGUAAAGAAUAAGAUUUGUUACAUAAAUGGUAUUUUAGGUUCAGUUAAUUUGAAUUUAGCGUUCAGAAUCUAGUGGUGUCUGUUAUGUUGUUGGCAAUACCAAGGCACUGGAACACUGGUGAAAGCGAUGGGAUAGCAGAAAAACGCUAAAAUUUGCUAUACAAUAUAAAUAAAAAGAGUGUUGGUAAAAGCGAGUUUGUUUGAGAGAGUUGAUGUGUGAAGGGGUCCCGCCCGUACACCAACCCACCACUCGGGUCCUGGUGGUCCUGGUGAUGGUGGGGUUGCUGGUAUUGUGGCGGUUGGGGACAGCACGAUAGUGGAAAUAAACUUAACUUUUUGUAUCACAAUUUUUUGUUACGAAAGUUUCAGUAGUAGUGGUGGUAGUAGUAGUGGUAGUAGUAGUGGUAGUAGUAGUAGUAGUAGUAGUAGUAGUAGUAGUAGUAGUAGUAGUAGUAGUAGUAGUAGUAGUGUUAAAAAUAAUAAUAAUCAUGACGCUAUUAAUGACGAUGAUGAUGAUAAUAAUAAUAAUAAUAAUAAUAAUAAUAAUAAUAAUAAUAAUAAUAAUAAUAAUAAUAAUAAUAAUAAUAAUAAUAAUAAUAAUAAUAAUAAUAAUAAUAAUAAUAAUAAUAAUAAUAAUAAUAAUAAUAAUAAUAAUAAUAAUAAUAAUAAUAAUAAUAAUAAUAAUAAUAAUAAUAAUAAUAAUAAUAAUAAUAAUAAUAAUAAUAAUAAUAAUAAUAAUAAUAAUAAUAACAAUAAUAAUAAUAAUAAUAAUAAUAAUAAUAAUAGCGGGAAUGGCAGCGUGCGCCACAGCUGUGGUUCGAUUCCCGGCUGGGGUAUAAUCACCCUGUCUUCCUUUGAUCAGUAAUAAUAAUGAUAAUGAAAAUGAUAAUAAUAAUAAUAAUAAUAAUAAUAAUAAUAAUAAUAAUAAUAAUAAUAAUAAUAAUAAUAAUAAUAAUAAUAAUAAUGAGAACAAUAAUAAAGAGAAUAAUACCUUUCCUUAUCAAUGCAGCUGGUAACGCUCUCCACGGUCUCCACGGAGGUCUUGGGUUGCGUUGUGCCGGUGACUUCCCAAUUAACUCACGACGCUGAAGUAAUGGGCAGCGACGCGCCGCUAUCAGGGACGGGAGGUUCUCGUGCUCCUCGAUUUCUCUGGAGACCUCCGCUAAUACAUUAAUAGAUGCGUCGCUUAAAUCUUCUUAGUAAGGGGGUCGUUAGGUGUUGUUGUUGUUGUUGUUGUUGUUGUUGUUGUUGUCGUCAUUAUGAUGAAGAUAAUUAUGAUGAUGAUAAAGGUAAAGGUCGAGGGCAAAAGCUACAGCAGCGCGAGGCUGCGGGGCUAAUUUGAUGAAGAUUAUUAUUAUUAUUAUUAUUAUUAUUAUUAUUAUUAUUAUUAUUAUUAUUAUUAUUAUUAUUAUUAUUAUUAUUAUUAUUAUUAUUAUUAUUAUUAUUAUUAUUAUUAUUAUUAUUAUUAUUAUUAUUAUUAUCAUUACUGUUAUUAUCAUUAUUUUAUUAUUAUUAUCAUUAUUAUCAUUAUUUUAUUAUUAUUAUUAUUAUUAUUAUUAUAUUAUUGUAAUCAUUAGUAUCGUCAUUGCUGUUGUAGUUGUUGGUGGUGUCGCACGUGCAGCUCAGGGUUCUAUUCCUGUAAUCAGUGAUAUUGUACGUAACUUGGUUAAUGCUUUAUUAUAAAGUUCAUGGCGAAAGUUAUACCGUCUUCUGUUGUCAUAUUUCUUGCCAAAAAUGUCUGUGAAACUUUCGAUGCGAUCGUAACUUUGUAAUUAUGAAUUUCUUGGCUGCCGCACAUUAUAGUUUUUAUAUAUGAAUCCCGUUAUGAACGUAUUUUUCAUGUGAUUUUGAAUUAUUACAAAUUUAAAAGAUAAAAAUGAAAGAAUCUAAACACCUCAAAGGUGAGGCAAACUUAAAAAAAAAACUCCAGAGUGUUCUUGUCCUGCUGAAAGGCUGCGUCGUCUCAGAAGACGCACAAUGUUAACUACAUGCACUGAAAACUUGCCUCAAUGUUUCAAGUCUUCUCGUGUGAAGAAGCUCAUUCACGGCCCGUACUUAGCAGUGUUGCACGUGUUCUUGCUUGGAGAAGAUACAACAUGGAGAAGAUAACUUUUUCUGGUCAACCUCCGAUGAACGGCAAAAGAACAUCAAACUAUAAGAUAAACGGUUUUGAAGCCUCACAGUAUUGCUAACUCCUUGCCCCCUAGCUCUUAAGACUUUCCUUUGUCCAAACCACGCGCUGAGCCUCAUCACCAACGGUUGGAGCCAACCAUACCAAUCAUACGCCUACGUAUUGGCCGACCUGAGGCACCAGUGACAAGUGAGGCUGAAGGUCCUCGUCAAAAGAAGAGUACUGUGACUUGCUGUAAGUUUAGAGCACCAAGAAAAGGUUAACAAAGGUACAGUGGCGUUGAAUCUGGUGACGAGUAGAUAAUCUUGCAUUCGAGUCUGUGGCAGUAGCAGCAAGCACAUCAAAGUUUACCACGUGCUGAAAGAGGCGUCAUUUAAAGAACUGAGGACAUAUCUAAGGAAGACUUGGUAGACUUGGAGGAAGG